GUGAACUUAAUCGUUGAGCAAACUUAUUUUUGUUCAAACCAGGAUCGGUGGUUAGAUUUUGUGAGCCCGCAAACUAAGAUCUUUCCGCAAAAUCGUUCAUAAAGUGGAUAGCUUAGCUUCAGUUGUGGCCUCCGAUGUCGGACGAACUUAUUCGGAUCUUCUUCGAUCUAUAGCAGCAAUAGCGCAUUAGGAGCGCAAAAUACUGAGGAUGCGAUGCAUUAUCUACUACAGUAAAUGUAGUUUGAUUAUUGUGUAAGUUACUCGUAACACCGAGUCGUCUGAAUGUCGAUCGAAUAUUGGACGCAACACGCGAUGCGUCUCGCGAACCGAACCAUUAUUUUGGUAAUAAAUUUCCACGAUUUGCAAACGCUGUUCCCGAAGUAAUCUGUAUAUUGUAAAAUGACAAACCAAACUGAAUAUAAAUCAAGCAACAACUGUCAAUAUGACUAACUCCGAAAAAAUCAUUGUUCCAUUGAAAACCACACCACCACGUCUAAGAACCACCCUUUACCAUAAACAUGCAGAAUGGAUUAGGUGCGAGAGUGAGGGUCAAGUUUGCUAGGUUUUUGAAAAUGUCUAAAAAUUUCUGCAAGAGGCUAACAUCUGGGGAAGUGUGGUUAAAGGAAUAAUAUGCUGUUGCGCAUGGUUACUACCAGUCAUCUUUUUAGAAACCAAAACUGGGAUCAUCUUAAUCGCCUAGUCGAUAUGGCAACGAUUUUCAAAUAGUUUAGUAGGCUAGCCAGUGAGUAGAGUCAAGAAAAUUCGGGUUAUUUUUUCAUCAAGAAAUUAGUUGGUUAAGUAAUCAAAGUUCAAUUUUUUCCAGAAAAUGAGGAUUAUUUCUUUAUUCAUCAAGCAAUUACUCGGACAGGUUUAGGAAUAAAAAAGUUUGAAGUUAAUUGAAAAUUCUAAAAUUUGCUAUGAUUCUAAGCUAUAUUCUCCCACAUUUGGCAACUUAGGGGGGGAUUUCAAAUCCAAUUCACUUAUCCAUUAGCAAAUCCAAUACAUUUUAAUCAAACACAUUCAAAUUAUGGCAUAAGAAUAUUCUUGGAAAUAGUUCAGAAUAUGUUUCCGUUGAUUCCGGCUGUGCCGAUUUACACUAAAGUGCUCUCUAAACUUUCAAAAACUCAAACCUUUGAAAAGUCAAAAGUUACAUAUGUAAAAAAGAAGCUCAUUGCUCGAAUAUAUUUUUUGUCUUUUAAAAAGAAAAAUUUGCUAACAAAAACUAUUUUUAGUGUUUUUCGAAGUGUAUCUAACUGUAUUUUAAAUAUACCCAAUCCUGUUUAUAUGGAUUGCAUGCGAGUUAACUAAAGGAUGUGUCACAAAGUCUGCAGCGAAAAAAAUUCGACAAUUUCAAAGAAGUGAAAUCAAAAAAAUCAAAUUCAAAUUUAAAUUUACAGAAAGUGAAACAUAUUGUUCACAGCAAAUCAAUUGCGAAUGUCAACAAAAGCCAAAAAAAAAAUAAUGAAGUGCUGUUAGAGUCACAUAACGUCCAACAUUACACAUCUAAGUUCAGUGAUAUCAGCGUUUUCAAAAGACUGCUUUCAAAACCAAAAAGUAUUCAAUAAUAUUUAAUGAAUUGCUCGAUAAAGAAAUUGAAAUGAAAAGAAAACUUUUAGCCAAGAAUCACAAAUUGAAUUUGUCAGCGAAGUUCGUUAGUUUGCUCGGUCUAUUAUUUUUACUUAUUUGCAUGGCAUCCAGUGACAAUGAUGUUCAAACAUUUCCCGCGCGAAAAAAACCAAAUGUACACACAUUUCCCGCUCCAAAACCGCCGCCAGAAGAAACAACAACACCAGCACCGGUGACUUCUACGAGUACAGAGGUUCCAGAAAUUCCGAGGGCUCCUAAAGAUAAGAAGAGAAAAGGAUUUCAGAUUGCUCAACCAAAGGAAAAGUCGCUUCCAGAUCAAAUAAAACCCAGACUAACACCUACAUACACUUCUACGAGUACAGAGGUUCCAGAAAUUCCAGAUGUUGAACCCACGCCAAAACCGCCGCCAGAAGAAACAACCACACCAGCACCGGUGACUUCUACGAGUACAAAGGUUCCAGAAAUUCCAGAUGUUGAACCCACGCCAAAACCGCCGCCAGAAGAAACAACCACACCAGCACCGGUGACUUCUACGAGUACAGAGGUUCCAGAAAUUCCGGAGGCUUCUAAAGAUAAGAAGAGAAAAGGAUUUCAGAUUGUUCAACCAACGGAAAACUCGCUUCCAGAUCAAAUAGAACCUACAUUAACACCUACAGAGGAGCCAAGGUCGAUUGUACCUCCUGUGUCCAAACGUACAAUAGCAGACCAAAAUGUACGAGAUAAGAAUGAAAGUCAUAAUGAUUUGAUAUGCAAGGACGGUCUCAUCUUACGAGCUUGGCGUCCCUUGACGGGCAUAUCACAAGUAGAACGUAUACUACGAGGCAUAAUUUACUUUCUUGUAAUGGUUUAUUUAUUUAUUGGUGUGGCCAUUGUAUCGGAUCGAUUUAUGGAGGGCAUUGAGGUGAUCACAUCCAGUGAGAGACGUGUAAACGUACUCAAUAAAAAUGGCCAGAGAGAAACCAUAACGGUACAUGUAUGGAAUGAAACCGUCGCUAAUUUGACAUUAAUGGCUUUAGGAUCGAGUGCACCAGAAAUUUUGCUUUCCAUAAUCGAAAUGUUUCAGAAGAACUUUGAAGCUGGCGACUUAGGUCCAGGUACGAUCGUCGGCUCGGCAGCAUAUAACUUAUUUGUCAUUAUUGGCAUUUGUAUAGUUGUCAUACCGAAAGGUCAAGUGCGCAGAAUACAACACUUUCGCGUAUUUGUGGUGACAGCUUCUUGGUCGGUAUUUGCCUACGUGUGGAUGUGCAUCAUAACAAAGUAUAUAACACCGAACGUUAUCGACAUAUGGGAGGCUUUAGUAACAUUGAUAUCCUUUCCGAUUUUCGUUUAUCAUUCCUACAUCACGGAACGACGUCUCUUCUGUCCGAAAUGUUACAAAGGUGAUGCCUAUCAACGAGGCGUUGCUAUGAGCUCCAUAGAAUCGCCGGAUCGUGAGUCGGAACCAAUACGUUCGAGUAUUAAAGAUUUAAUUGAGACGCCAGAAAUGCGUGAAUUCGAGGAACAACGCCGUGAAUACAUCACUAAGCUAAAGGAAUUAUAUCGCAGAUAUCCCCAAUAUGAUUUGGAAAAGAUUCAGGCAAUGGCACAAGAGCAUCUAAUACGCGAGAGUACGAAGUCGAGAGCUUUCUAUCGCGUACAUUCGGGACGUCGCCUAACUGGUGCCGGUGGUGUGUUGAGAAAAGCACGUGAUUAUGCAGCUGUGGAAAUCGGUCAAGCAAAGGCCGUAUAUCGCAUGCAAGUGGAAGAGGAGGAACCAGAGAUUGAUGAUGAGAUUGAGACACGUUUAUAUUUCGAACCCGGUCAUUAUACAGUCUUGGAAAGUGUUGGCGAUGUAGAGCUGCACGUGAUUCGUGCUGGUAGUUUAGCGAAUUUCACCAAAGUCGAAUACUACACCGAAGAUGGCACAGCCGAAGCCGGUUCGGAUUACAUACCCGUAAGUGGUGUACUUGAAUUUCCACCGGGCAUUGAAGAGCAAAUCAUUAAAAUCACGAUUGUUGAUGACGAUGUUUUCGAAGAAGACGAACAUUUUUAUGUGCAUCUCAGGAAACCCAGCGAUGAUGCUGUACUCAUCACGCCCAAAGUAGCGACCGUCAUGAUUUUGGACGAUGAUCAUUGUGGCAUUUUCGAAUUCAAAGAGAAAGAACAUAUCAUACCCGAAAAUGUGGGCAUCUACGAAGUGAAAGUGAAACGUUAUUCGGGCGUACGCUGCAAAAUCAUUUUACCUUAUUACACCAAAGCGAAAACAGCCACAUCGGGCAAGGAAUAUAUGGAUGUGAAAGGAGAACUGAUAUUUGAUAAUGGUGUGUAUGAGCUUUCUAUAGAAAUUGAAAUCAUUGAAGAGCAUAGCUUUGAAAAGAAUGUAACCUUCGAAGUGCAUCUUGGUCAACCAAGAGUAUCGGAAGAUGAUCCACUCCUACUUCGAAUACGAGAGGUUCAACAAAAACCUGACGUCGAGAGAACUUUUAGAGAUAAUAUUCUUUUGGCCGGUCUACCGAAAUUGGCUGACACAACAAAAGUACUGUGUCGCAUUGUAGAAAGUGAAGAAUUCAAACAAACGGUUAACAAGCUGGUGCAAACAGCGAAUGCCUCAAAGUUGAUUGGCACCACCUCGUGGAAGGAGCAAUUUUUGGACGCCAUGACAGUUUCAGGUGGUGGAGGACUUGACGUGGAAGAUGCUGAUGAUGAUAUUGAAUAUGAGGAGGAUGAGGACGACGACGAUACUGGUCCCAGCGGUUGCGAGUAUUUUAUGCAUUUUUUAUCGAUUUUUUGGAAAAUUUGCUUUUCUAUAAUACCGCCAGCAAAAAUCUGUAAUGGAUAUCCGUGUUUCUUCAUCUCGAUCAUCCUGAUAGCAAUUUGUACUGCCGUUCUCACGGAUGUUUCAUCGCACUUCGGUUGUACAUUGGGUGUACUAGACUCGGUUACAGCAAUUUGUUUAGUGGCAUUAGGCACCAGUUUACCAGAUACAUUCGCCAGCAAAGUGGCCGCCAUACAUGACAAAACCGCCGACAAUGCUAUUGGCAAUGUCACGGGCAGUAAUGCGGUAAAUGUGUUUCUUGGAAUCGGUAUAGCAUGGUCUAUGGCAGCCAUAUAUCACGCCGUGCACGGAUCUAUAUUUUAUGUACCUGUGGGAUCUUUGCUCUUUUCAACGGUGCUCUAUCUCUGUGAAGCCGUUAUCGGGUUCGGGAUAAUAGUCUAUCGUCGCAAGGCAUCCAUUGGCGGAGAGCUUGGCGGUCCAGUGGGAAUUAAGUGGUUGCAUGGCAUUAUAUUAUUUGCACUUUGGUUUAUUUAUCUAGCGAUUAGCACAUUGGAGGCAUACGGCAUUAUUUCAGGCUUCUAAAAAGGUCGCAUUAAAUUCCAAUAAACAUACAGACGCACUACAUAUAUAAUAUAACCUAACUUUGUACAUAAAAACUUUGUACUGUUAACAAAAAUAAGAUUUUUUAGUUCUUACAAAUACAAAGUUUAUGUAAUAUAAACAUGAAAUGUUAUGACUUCUCCCUUGAAUCUGUAUACUGGUAGUCAAAAA